GGGCGCGCGGCGGCGAGCUCAACGUGGAGCGCCUCGGCAGAAGAGCAGCCUCUCACCCCCCGCGGCGGCCAGGGCGGCAGCCUCCCUCCAGCACCUCCACCAUCUCCACCCGUCCGUCUGUCUCCGCCGCUCACAGCGGGACUCGCCAUGGAAAACGCGCCUUUUCGCGCUCGGUCGAGCCUCCACGCGCCGGCGACGAUGAUGCUUUCGCGGAACCAGUUCAACCACACGGGCCCAGCGCUUUAAUGGGCCCAGCGCCGUGCAGGAGUUAGAUCACUGCAGCAAAGCUCUGCCUAUGCGAACCCCAGCCCCACCGAGAUGAGCGCGGAGCCCUGGUCCAGCCCAAAGGACCAGGUCGCCGCUGAAGUCGCUCCGAGCGCGCGCACGCCGCCGUCCCAGGACCACGAGCAGGAGCAGCGCCCUGACAAACUGUGCCUGGACUCGUUCUGGAGCGAGGUGGAGACCAUUACACAGGGGAGUGGCUACGCAGACCUUGACAGCACCAGAAGGGACUCCAAGCAUUCGGAAGAAGGUGAACAGGAGGAGCAGUGGCUGGCCGAUGCCGGUCUGUCCAACCUCAUCAGCGAGGACAGCGAGGAUGUGGACAAGGUCCUGCUGCUGUCCACGCUGACCCGGGCCCAGGCCGAGGCCGUCCAGCGCCGCCUGGACUCCUACACGCUGACCCUCCGCAAGAAGAACAAACCCCCACCCCGCGACGUUCGCGACAUCUUCAACGCCCCCAUCACUCAGACUCUCCUGCCUGAGUCUCAGCACAGUGAAGAUCCUGCCCAACACAGCAUGGCGUGCGUCGGGAAGACGUCGUUAUCAGCUGCGGCGGCCGAGCAGCAGCGCGGCGCUCCCAAGGAGGAAAUCUUCUUCACGGACGUGGCUUACUGCGAGCAGGCCGUCAUCUUCCUCAAACAGGCCAAACUGCCGCAGAACGGCAGCCAGCGGCGGAAGGAGGACGGCACGCUGCCCCGGGUGAUCUGCCCCAAGUGCCGCCUCGGAGUGACUCGCAUUCAAGACCUGUCCCACGCUGACAUGAAGAAGGUGCGUCAGCUGGCGCUCAUCGACAUGACGGCGCUGUGCGACCUCUUGGGCCUCGAGGUCAAAAGGCAUAAAACCGGCAAAAGGAAAAUACCAGAGAGCACGCUCUUCGGGGUGCCGCUGUCCACGCUGCUGGAGAACGAUCAGAAAACCAAGCCCCACACCUCCACUCCUUUGUUCCUGCAGGCGAUAUUGUCAUUUUUAGAGCGGAAAGGAGUCGAUUCAGAGGGGAUCCUUCGGGUUCCAGGGUCUCAGGCCAGAAUCAAGCUGCUGCAGCAGAACCUGGAGACGGGCUUCUACCAGGGCCGCUUCAGCUGGGACGACGUGAGUGCCAACGACGCCGCGGCGCUGCUGAAGAAGUUCAUCCGAGAGCUGCCCACUCCCCUGCUCACCGCAGAGUACCUCAACACGUUCAGCGCCGUCAGAGACAUCACAGAUCUGAAGCAGAAGCUUCACAUGUUGAACCUGCUCAUCCUGCUUCUGCCUGAGCCCAACAGAAACACACUGAAGGUCCUCCUGGAGUUCCUCAGUAAGGUGGUUUCCAGGGAGAAGAGGAACAGGAUGAACCUGUGGGCUGUAGCGACCAUCAUGGCUCCCAACCUGUUCCUCCAUAAGGCCGUCCCCAGCAGACUGACUGAGGGCGCAGAGAAGGGCCAGGCAGAGAAGGCAGCUGACGUUAUGAGGCUCCUCAUCAAAUACCAGGAGCUGCUUUGGACGAUUCCCAAUUUUCUCAUGAGUCAGGUUCGCAAGCUGAACGAGAACAGUAACCGACGUUACCAGUUCUACGACCGGCGCUUUAAAAACCUGCUGAAAAAAAUCCACACGGACAGUAAGGAAAAGGCUGGAAAGAACGUCCUGGAGUCGUGCAGGACAGUGAAGAUCCAGGUGGGAGAUCUGAUGAACGGAACCAUGGAGUUCCAGCUCAACGUCGGCUCACAGGCUUCAGAUCUGCUCGCUCAGUUCCAGCGGCAGCUCCUUCGCAGCCCCGAUAAUGGGAAGGGCAAAAUGCGAAGGAACGGCUCCACGGUGCAUCCGGACUGUGCCCUCUUCGAGGUCGGGGGGAACAUCGGUGAGCACUGUCUGGAUCCUGAAACGCACCUCCUGGAUCUGUACAACAGCAACCCCGGCGGCGAGUGGGUCAUCAAGCUGAGACCCAGGCUGUGACAGAGGCCGCGGACUGGAGCAGGGACGGACUGGGGCUAAAGAGGACGGAGACGCAGCCAAAAGAAGCCUGCUGUCUACUCUGUGUCCCGUUCGACCUCCGAGCAGCACGGGACGAGACAGAUGGAGGAAGGAGAGGCAGAAUAAUGGAGAAUCCGCCGGGAGCAGAGCCCAUGCUCGUUCUCUGCCCCUCUGUCAACUUCCUCCGCUCCUCGCUCAACCCCGUCAUUCCUCUCUGGGCUGCGGCGCUGGAAGCAAAAAGCUGCUGACGUGACUCGUGACUCCCGACAUGGGACCUGCUGCGCAGAAACGGGGGGGGGUUCUGAACGCUUGGCUUGGCCGCGGUUCCUCGAGCAGAUGGGGAAGCGGAGCACCUCUGGCUACGGCGAGCACACGUCCCUCUCCACUCAUGCAGCCUCUUUAAAAAGCUGCAACAUCAGACCAUAUGACGGGGUUCCAAAUCCUCCAACCCUCAAUUUUUUCAGUUUUACAUUUUUUUACAUUUAGAAAGAAAAGCUUACAGGCUGCACCAUACAGUAUACUGUUGCAGCGUUAAACGUUAAUGUGUCCUUUGAUAUCAUACGCUAGGAGAGCUAACCGCUAAAUGCGGUGGACGUCAGCUCGACUCCCCACUUUCUAAACCAACGGUGGAACAGGAUCUGUUUUGGCUCCUCUUAUCUGUUUGGCCCUGAUGAACUGAUAUCCCCUUGAUUUGUAUGGACCCCUGGGCCUUAUCAUAAUCCUUGGACUCCCAGGGACCCCUGACCUGCACAGGACCGCUCUCAGAGAGGGUUUUCUACCAAGGGAUGUGGCGUCACAACGUCCAGGACAGUUGUUGCAUCUAAAGGGAGUCGUUAAGGACACGCAAUGAAGCUGGUCUUCAGUUUGAAUGGAGCCAAACGUGCUGAAGUGACUCUGGGGGAUUCUUAUUUAUAUGAAUGUAACACCGCUGUUGCUUGCGUAUUAGAUGAGUGUUCUAUCGGCUAGAGAGACUUUAGGAAAACGUGUGUGAUGUGGACGUUCUCUUACAUGUUUGUUUAUGGUCAUUUUUUAUUGAUCCCUGUGUAAAUACUGUAUGCUCGUUCUUACCCCCUGCUGAGAAGAGGCUCUGAGGACAUUGUCGGACAUUGUGUUGUCGGACCGUCUGUGCCGAUUGUGUUGCUACUCAAAGCCAGUACCUUCUUGUAAAGGCGUGCGAGCAGCAGAUGAAUGUUCAGCGUUUUCCCCCGGCCGUCGGAUGCGAAUCAGCCCCGGCGCCAUGUUGGUUGCGCCGCGGCCAUUUUGUGGGCAGACGGAGUAAUGACAGCCGCCCUGACAACAUCCAUCAACGCCCCUGGUUCCGUCUCUGUCACCUCCGCGUAACGGCCCGUAAUGGCAGCGCCAGCGUCACCGACGCACGGGGAAUCACAUUUCUUUGAUGAAGGACAAGCUAAUAAACGAGCUGCGACGACGGCGGGAGCGCGCGCGCGCACGUGUGUGUGUGUGUGUGUGUGUGUGUGUGUGCGUGUGUGCGUGCGUGCGUGCGUGCGUGCGAUGAGCUUCAUUACACAAGUCCAAUUGGCCUGUCCCAGGGUCUCAGCCACAGCUCAGUGCCUCGGCACAAAGCGAGCUGAUGAAACUGCCUUCUGCUGACAAUCAGGAGAACUAGGUCACCUCUGAAGCAGCGUCCCAGAGGGCGAGCUGUGGGAGUCCGAGCACCCGAGGAGCCGAGCACAUGGGCCUGCAUCGCUCGAACACGCACACACACACGCUGAACACACACGCUGAACACAUGCACACACACACACACACACGAUCAGGGGAAACGUGUGGACGGUUGUCUGUAUCUGUCUGUAUUUGUAUAUAUGUGAAUGUGUUUGUGCGUGAGAGCGAAAUGUGUUCUCUCAUUUGUGGUAAAAUGUGUGAUAAACAGUGUUAUCUAUGAAAUCACUCCAGACCAGACGACGGACUCUUACGGGACCGUUUGCCUGCCGUUGUCAUCAGAGUGUGGCUGUAGACCUCUCGUCCUCCUCAACGUCCAGCUGAUCAGUCAGUCAGACGUCAGAAUGUAUAUUUAUGCCCUUUAAAUGAGUCGUUGUUUUUUAAUACUUCUGUGAGAAGACGUUAGGCUUUGUUUUAGAAAGAAAAACUUUUGAAAUAUGUUCCUCUUUUUCAAUAAAUGUGAAUCUAAUGUG